AUGGGCAAUUCACAAAAAAAUGAUUAGAAAUUAAUCUCUACAGUUUGGUUAGGUGUAAAUGUAACAAGUAAAUCUUAAGUUAGGAUGAGUGGCCAUCCUUAAUGAAAGAAAAAUUAUCUCGUCUUUCUGAAGAAUGGAUUGUUCCUUCAAUCAAAUGUUUAGAUAGAUUUUCUUAAAAAGAACAUAAAAAAUUUAGAAAUUAAGUUAAACUAAUUUGUAUAUUUUAUUUAUUAUUGAAUAGUAACAAAGAAAAUCAGAGAAGAUCAAUAUGAAGAAUUAUUCAAAAGAAGUUAAGUAUUUUUGUAAAUUCAUUUCAAUUAAUUAUGAUUCUAUAGAAACAAUAAUGAAUAUUUUAGAUAAGAUUUCCAAUUAGGUAUCCCAAUAUCAGAACUUACUAUUUCUACAAAUACUAAUUCUAGUAAAUUAUAAUAAUAUAUCUUAGUUGGUAAAAUCAAUGAUUAUCAAUCUAUAUCAUCUAAGAUAUAAGAUAGUUUAUUAAUGGAAGAUCAAAGUUCCUAGGUUUAAUAAUUUUAUGUUUUAAUAUCUUAUAUAAAUGAUGUAGUAAUUUGCCAUAAACAUCCUUUUAUACAUCUAAUGAAUUAAUUUAAAGAAUGGGCAACUAUUUAAUUCACUAUUAUUAAGAAUUCUAAUAUACAAUAAUUAAAAUAAAAGCUUUAAAGAUUUUAGAUAUCCUCGAAUCUCUUUUUGAAUUUUCUAAUUUUUUCAUUGAAUGAAUAUUUAGGAGAUUUUAGUGAUGAAAUAAAUGAAGAAGGAUCCAAUAAAUAUAUUAAAGAUAAAUAAAAUUAUUUUAAUUUAUUUCUAUAACAUGUACUUUUUUAUAUAUAUAUAUUUAGAUAUAUAAUGAAAACUUAAUAAAUCAUCUUAUGGAUAUACUUAAAAUAAUACAUUAAAAUAACCAAAAUAAUUUUAUUUAAAAAAUAAAACAUAUACAAUUCAAAUUUGAAUGUUUUGAAAUUCCAAAAAAAUAUCUAAUUCAUGAUAAACCAUUCAAUUAAGAAAUCUCAUGUUUAAAUGAAGUACAAUAAUUAAAACGACCUGCAGAUAUUUUUUAUUGUUUUACGAAAACAUUUUUAAUGAUCAAGGAUCAUUUAACUAAAUCUGCAUCUAAUUUUUUGAUUUUCCAAGUAACCAAUUAUGUUAUUGUGCAUUCUAAUGUUGAAUAUAUUUAUGUAAUUCUCCAUUUACUAGAACUCUUCUAUUGUAAUUCACUUAUUUUACAUAAAUAUCAUCAAUCAUUGGAAUUCAUAUAAAAUAUUAUAAUUUCUUGA